UCGGUUGUGUUGCUGUCGCCGCCGGUAGCCUUUUCUCCUUCCCUCCACGGAAGUCCGAAGAACAGCGGCAGCAGCCAGACCACCUCUGGUGCUCCUGGUUCCACCCAAGGAAGAGAACAAGGGCAGCCACCCAGAUCCCGUCGCGCGUUCCCUUCCAACGCGUGGAUUUGAUUGUUGCCACUCCAACUGACAUUAGCGUGUCACCUGCCAAGCAGGUGUCUUGCUGUCGUGCAUAGCACAGAAAAGAUGGUUAAUGCAAUCAAGGGGCUGUUCAUCUCCUGUGAUGUACCAAUGGCACAGUUCAUUGUUAACCUGAAUGCUUCGAUGCCUGCAUCAGAGCAGUUCAUCGUGCACAUGCUUGAUCCCACACACAUGUUUGUUCAUCCUCAUGUGGCAGAGAUGAUCAGAAGCAAGAUAGCAGAGUUCAGGGACCAGAACAGUUACGAGAAACCUCAAUGAUCAUCCUCUCCCGCAUUUCCCAUGUCACCCUCCGAUCAGAGAUUUCGGCUCAGUAUCCAUUUAGAAUGUCACAAGAAUGGAUAGAUGCCAUGUAUCAUGAUAAUGUUUGGCAUUAGAAAAUGCUGUGACUUCUGUCCAGACUCUUUGGAGAGCCUUUUACCUGUUGAUGCAUUAUUUGGUGUACGUACGUUUAGUCUUAAACUUGGUUGAUGGUGGUGAAACGGCACACCAUGCAUGAUUGUCUUGCCCUAGGUCACCGUUGCCAACUCUCUUUGAAAUUCCAUUGCUUUACACUAA